CGGUACCUGACAGCCGCUAAAUACCGCCAAAUCGCGAAAAUAUUACUUCGGGAUGUUAUUCUACUUCUCCGUUGUAGCCUUUCUCGCAUUACUGGUAAUGCUUGCGUUCCGCUACCGCGCCACGCUCCUGCCCCAUGUGCCGGCACGGGUGAGGUCGAUGUUCCCGCAGCUAUCGAACUACACGCCGCUGUCGACGUUCUCCGAGCAGGCGGGCGCUGGGCUGUCCUCUGCUGCGUUCGACAUCGAGGCGAACAUCCGGGACGGGGACGCAAGAGUGGGCUUGGACGAGCGCGGGACGCAGGAGGUGAUGGAGAUCAUGCGCCGGGAACGCGUGAACUUCGACCAGGCGAGGCUGAUUAGACAGAAUCAGAUCCUCGCGCGCAACGGCAUCGACCCUUCAGGGAUGCCGCUGGACUCGAAGGCCGUCACCCGGCUAUGACCUCUGUCCCUUUCGUAUUUCUUUCUUCAAGCUUGUAUUACUCCCAUGGGCCCAGUUGCCGUUGUUCUCAUUCCCUCGGACUGUUGGCGUCGCGCAGCAUAGCACUUUCAUUAACCGUUCAUUCCAUUCAUCUGCCUGGCUGGCGUGUACUCUUCCUCAUUACAGUGUAUCAAUGCUAUAAUCGUGUUGUCUGAGCUUAUUGACCGAUGUUCGAUUC